AUGGCUUCGGUAACGACAUCUAUCGGCCGGGCCGCUUUGGUUUUCUGUAGACAGACCGCUCCAAAACGGAGCGCGAUGCGACCCAGUGCUUUUCGACUGCAACAACACCUCGCAUUUUUCAGUCAUUCCAGACAUCUGAAGCAAAAUGAAUUCACCGAAGUUCCCGAAUACUCUCCAGACCUACUUGAUGAGUCGGAACGUAUUCAAUACGAUGCAAUGGCUCCGGACCAGCGAGAAACGUUCGACCGUGAGUUCACGACACUCUCCCAGACCCUGCGUGAACAAGGUCUCGGACAGACUAUGAGCGAAAUCCACAAAGAGGGAGCCCCGUUUAUAGGCUGGACUGGCGGGAACGAGGACGUUGAAGAUUAUUUUAACGACGAUAUUCACAGGCUUCACUCUGAGCCUUACAUGCAGGAUGGGAUGACGACUAUGGCAUACGAUGAGCUGGAACAACACCGGGAGCUGAGAGAAUACGCCCGAAUUGCGGCAUGGGAAAUGCCAUUGCUUAGCAACCAUGUAAAAUCUUUUACCUUACCAAAGGACACCCAUCUCCUCCGAUUCCGAUACACCACAUACAUGGGCGAGACACAUCCCGCGGAAGCCAAAGUCGUCGUUGAAUUUUGUUCGCCAGCUCUGGUCCCCAAUUACCUUACGGAGGAGCAACGCAUCCAGUGA